AUGCCUUCUGGGCGACAGGAACGGCAGCGUCGUCGUAAAAUCACACUGGCAUGUGAGCCAUGCCGAGAGCGCAAGGCGCGCUGCGACGGUGGCAAGCCCAUAUGCUCGACUUGUCAGCGCCGGUCCCUGGACCUCGAACACUGCAUCUACACAGUGAACAAUGCCAGAACGGCAUGUAGCGAUGACUACACAAAGACGCUUCAUGAGCGUAUUCGCAAGCUGGAACAGGCUUGCGCGUCGCGCGGCAUCGACGUCAACACCCUCGAAGCCACUGGGCAAGACAUCCAGGGACCCGCGGAUACUCACUCAUCCGCCGUAGCUCGAGACUUCAACGCACUGGACAUCGCACUGGACACCGCACUAGACACCGCCCUGGAAACAUCCGACGAACAAGCCGCCCAGUUCCCAUCGCCGUACUCGUCUGUCGGCGUCGAAAGCUCUAGCGAGGCCAGGCGGGUGACCGCAAUGGGCACAAUCCUCGCCGAGGACGACCUCGAGGACUUACCCAACUCUACGGAGCCUGAUUUCUACGGCAGCUCCUCAGCCGUUGCAUUCUUGAAGGAGGCCUACCGUGCGAUGAGCUCUGUUCCUUCAAGAGCUCAGUCAUCCACGCCGUUUCGAAGCCAGCAGGCAUCGUCCGUCUCAACGCCGUCUCUAUACGCAGACUUUGACAAGUUUCUGCUCCCUCCUCGACCUUUCGCCGAUUAUCUCAUCGACCUGUAUUUCCAAAGAUUCCACUACCUCUGCCCCGUGUUUCAUAGACCCGCCUUCGAAAGGGCAUACAGGUCUCUCUGGGAACCGGCAACGGCGACGGCGACUGCAGCAGCAGCCGAAGCAGACGAUGAAUUCCGUGGCGUCGGCCUUGGCUGCUCCCCCGGCGCGGACGCCAGCACCAUCGUCUUCCACAGCGCGCUCAACUCCAUGUUCGCGCUCGCCUGUAACUUUGCGGACCUCACCAGCGCGGAAAAGGCCAAGAGCAUCGAGAUCUUUCUCCUACGGAGCAGAAAGUGCUCCAGUGUCGACCUGCUCGAGAAAAACAACUUGGGCGUCGUGCAGACCUUGCUGCUGUGCGGGUUGGUCUUUCAAGGGACGCCGUUUCCUGACCGAUGCUGGAACGCCGUCGGCAUCGCGUGCCGGAUUGCGCAGGGCCUCGGACUUCACAUGGAUGCCGUGGCCGCGCGGGAGCCAGGCGAGGGGCUUACUUUGGAAAUGGAUGUGAGGCAGCGGACAUGGCAGGGAUGUGUUAUACUUGAUACUCUCGUGAGCAUGACGUUUGGUCGACCCACUGUGACCUCUUGUCUAUCAGCAAACGACUUGCUUUCAAGGUCCCAUUCCGCCGCAGACCCGAGUCUCGAGCGACCCAAGCUAGAGUUCAUCACUCAAAGCUUCAGGUUGAGCCUGAUACUCGAAAAUAUCCUCUCGCAAGUCUACCAGCCAUGGCGGAACCGGCAUCCUAUGCAGAAAGCAAGUUGCGGCGUGCGAGGAGGAGGGGGAGGGGGAGGAGUGGGGGUGGGGGUAGGAGGCCAAGUCCUGGGCUUCGACGCCAUUGUCGAACUCGACACGAAGUUGACCGACUUUGAGGACUCCGUACCGCCGUUUCUGUCGUGGGGGGAUGAUACCGUCUCCCGGCUAGACGGGGCGGUAUCGGACCCAGAUAACCUCCGUAUUCUCGCCAGUCAGAAACACGCCCUCCAUGCUAGAUUCUUGUAUGUUCGCCUCAUGCUUCACAGACCGAUCCUCACCGAUCUCUCUGCCUCGUACGCCCGACCUCAUCGGGAUGCCGCCGGAGGCCUAGCAGAAGCACCACCGACCAGACAACAGGCCCAGGACAGAGGUCUUAGGGCGCCGUUCCUGACGGAGUGCGCCAUGGUGUGCGUGGACGCGGCCAUGCAGCUCAUCGCUCUAGUCCACGACUCGUAUCAGAAGGACACGACGGGGGCGUGGUGGUGGAAUAGCUUGUAUGCUUGUGCUGCCGGCUUGGUCUUGAUCGUCUGCCGCCUGUGUCCGCGUCUCUGGGCCGGGCUGGACCGCGCAGCGACGUCCGCCUCGUGGGAGCAGUGCCAGGGUAUCUUGCAGGGCAUCGCCACAUUUAGCGCCUCGGCUCGCAAGUCGCUGGAUCUGCUUCGCAAGAUUGACGGGGCCGUGACGCAACUACAAGCAGCGAGAGAACCGUGUGGAGAGCAGAUGGACCCCGAAAUUUACGCGGGCAUGGCGGAGAGCUGGUCGCUUCCGGAGGAUAUCGAUGUCUCGCUGCUUCUCGAGCCCGAUCCCAUGUCUUUCUUCCGCGGGUGGGAGAUGAUGGGAUACGAAACCUCAAACGCUUGA